CCUCCUCUCCCUCGCCUGCUCCGCUGGGUACUAUGAACUCGCCCAGGUGUUGCUCGCGAUGCACGCCAGCGUCGAGGACCGCGGCAUCAAGGGCGAUUGCACGCCCCUGAUGGAGGCGGCGAGCGCGGGGCAUGUCGACAUCGUGCGGCUGCUGGUGGCGCAUGGCGCGGAUGUUAACGCUGUUUCCACCUCCGGCAACACGCCGCUCAUGUACGCCUGCGCCGGCGGACACGAGGACUGCGUCCGCGCGCUGCUCGACAACGGCGCCAACGUCGAGGACCACAACGAGAACGGACAUACGCCGCUCAUGGAGGCGGCGUCCGCCGGUCACGUGGGCGUGGCUAAGAUCCUCCUGGAGCACGGCGCGGGCAUCAACACUCACUCGAACGAGUUCAAGGAGUCAGCGCUGACGCUGGCGUGCUACAAGGGCCACCUGGACAUGGUGCGCUUCCUGCUGGCCGCCGGCGCCGACCGCGAGCACAAGACCGACGAGAUGCACACCGCACUCAUGGAGGCCAGCAUGGACGGACACGUCGAGGUCGCACGCCUACUGCUCGACUCGGGCGCACAGGUGAACAUGCCGACGGACAGCUUCGAGUCGCCGCUGACGCUGGCGGCGUGCGGCGGGCACGUGGAGCUGGCCAUGCUGCUGCUGGAG